AUGAAAACCACAGCAGUUUCUCUGAAAGUGUAUGCGCGAUCACAGUCUCCCCACAAGUCCUCUCCUUUCGAAUAUCACACCGACAAAGACGGCGGCUUUGCGGCAGUAUUUAUGGAGACUAAUCAGUUUCAGGUUGUUGGUCCAGCUGGUCCUCUUGUCGCUGUAGCUGGUGAAGACCUGGUUCUGCCCUGUUCUCUCAAACCCAGCAUCAGUGCUGUGGACAUGACAGUGAAGUGGAGCAGACCCCAUGGAUCAGAGACUCUAGUGCAUCUGUACACAGACCAUGAAGACAGAAAUGAGAGACAGAUUCAGUCCUUUAGAGGGAGAACAGCACUGUUUAAAGAGGAACUGCAGAAAGGCAACACUUCAUUAAAACUCUCCAGAGUGAGAGUCUCUGAUGAAGGACAAUAUAAAUGUUUGAUUGAUAAUAAAAGCUGGCAGGAUGAUGUGACUGUUGUAGUAAGAGUUGAAGCUGUAGGAACCCACCCAGUGAUCUCUAUGGAGGGCUAUGAUCACUCAGGAAGACUGAGUCUAUUGUGUGAAACUAAAGGUUGGAACCCUGAGCCUGAAGUUUUGUGGCUGGACAAUGAAGGAGACAGUCUCCCUGCUGAGAAUACAGAGACAGUCAGAGACACAGAGGGUUUCUGUGUGAAACAACGUGUUAUUGUACAGGACAGUAACACCAACAGAUUCUUCUGUAGAGUAAUAAUGAGAGAGCACAUGAAGGAGGCAGAGAUUUUCAUCUCAAGUAAGUAG